GGUCCUUGAUUUGCCAAUAAAAUUCUUUGUAAAUGUGAGCUUUAUUAAACGUUUUAAAUAAAGUAAAAGCUUAGGAUAGAUAUAGCUUUGAGAUCUAGCUUCCAGCCUCAGAUAGCCUGGUUUUGGAGUGUUGGUUUGUUUCCACUUUAGUCAAUGAGAUCUGAGUCUUACUGGGUACAUGCUUAAAAAACUGGAAGUGAAGUGGGUGGCAGUGGCAUCUGCCUCUUUCAUGUAGUUUUCCAUGAUGUUCAUAUAGUUUCCUCAUGGUCUAUAUGAUAUAACUGGUAUUGAAAGAAUUGCUUAAAUGACUAUUCCUUUUUGGAAUUCAGAAUUGACUCAUUUUUUGAGGAAGGGUGCAGCAAGGGAUAAGAGACUUUAUUUUAACCAGAGGCAGUCUUAUAACCUCAGAGGUGUUCUCUAAAAGGAAAGAACAAAAAGUGUACCUGUAAGCAUAUUUUUUUGUCUUAGUGAGAUUGUGUAACACAGUGUUUAUAAUUGCAAAAAAGAGAUUUGACAGUUUUGUCAAUAGAACAGAGAGAUGUGUUUUUGGCUGAAAUUGUUUUUUAUAAGUUAUUUCAUUGUUUCAUUUUAUAUUCCCUUUCCCAUAAUUUUUACAUACUUAAAACUAACAAGUAAGCGGCCUUUUUCAGAUCUUGCUUAUUUUCAGAAUGCCCGAAUGUGUUUCUGGGGAGAAGGGAUGGUAGUGUUUUAAUUCUUGACGUGCUCCUCUCAGCAUGUUUUGCUAGUCAUUCUGGAUCUGGUAUUUGAAAAUUCUGUUGAAAAUUUGAUGGUGUAUUUGAAAUGAGAAUGUCCUCUAUAACAUGGUGUGAAUGUUUGUGGCCAGAUUCUGUUGUGGAACCCGUGGCUUUGUUUUUAAUUUGACUAUAAGACAACUUCCACUGUCUAGAUUUUAAGUUUAUCUAGUGGAAUUGUAGUUGUCUAACUAUAAACCAGUCUGGGGGAAUAGAGGUUAAUAGAUGUGGAUUUGACUCUACAUAAUCCUAUACAAAUCACAAGUUAAAGGCUUACAUCAUUAGAGUUACCUAAGUUUUAUGUUGUUAGGUCUUUAAACGUGGGUGAUGUUCAGCAUUAUAUCUAUCAUUUUUCUUUAGGAAAAGAGGGAAAUUCAAUCCCCAAACUUUUUCUUGGAGACUAAAUUUACCACAUACGGAAAAUGAAAAAAUUUUUUAAAGUGGCUUUAUUUUUAAAUGGAGUUUAACCAGCUUAAUUAGUUCUUUUUCCUAGUUUAAAGUAAUUAUUUCCCAAGUGUGAAUAAAUGAUCAACAUUUGCCUCCCUCAACCCUUUUUGGAGGUUCUUUUUCAUUUUGUGCUCCCAGUUCCCAAUCAUGGUAUAAAAUGAAUUACGGGUAUCCCUCUUAAGUCCCGUGAUCCUUUUUGGGGGAAUCACAGAUACCUUUGAUAAUCUGACAAAAGUGAUGGACCCUGUCCCCAGGAAAAAAAUGCACAUACACAUAAUUUUGCAUACAACCUCAGGGGCAUCACAUCUUCUGAAACCUAAGUUAAGGAUCUAUGCUCCAAGUAAACUCCAUAAAGAACAUUCUAAUGCAAAUAUUUGAUAAAAAUUAGGAACUAACUAUUGUCUUAAAACAUUUCAGAUUGCAGUUAUUAGAUGGUGGCCCCACUAGCAAAAUGUGACAUUGCAACAAGCUUUGUUAGACAUUUUAACAUCCAGACAGAAAGAAAAAAGAAGCAAAAUUCUGAGAGCUACUUAAAAGGAGUCAGGGCAUCUUUAGACAUGGGAGCCAUUUUUGGUUCAAGGCAGGGGUCAGGGUGCCUGACAGCUUCUAGCAGGGUAGAGUUUGAUAAACCACAAUGCUCAGGAUGCCAAGGGGUUAGCCAUUAUCUUAACCCCUUCCUCACCAAAAGAUUUUAGUUUUGUCUGUUGGGAAACAAGAUGUCACUAGGGAAAAAAAGAUUUGCCUUACAACUGCUGGAACACAUCAGUUUGCUGAUAUACGUAUGGGACACUAGUAUUAUUUUUGAGAAGGUGCAUAAAACCAAAGUAAAUUAUCCUUUAUGUAGAACAUUAUUUACUAGAAAUAUUUGUUUGGGUAAAUUAGCUUUGACAAUUUUUACCAGUAAAUACUGAUUUUAUUUGAAACUGGGAAUCCAGUUUAUAAAUAGGAUAGUUGAUAUAUCCAUUCUCUCCCCCAUAUAAAUAAUAGUUUAAAGAUUUAUGCAUAGUUUUUACUUUCUUGAUGCCACAGGAUGGGGUGUGGGGCGGGGGGAGAUCUUUGAGUCAACAACUGACAAAAUGUCAAAUUUAGUCAAAUUUAAAAAUUGAGAAGCAGCACUUUAAGUCUAACUCUACACCAUUUUAAUGCAUGUGUUAGUUUUAAUGAUUUUUGGUGCAUGCCUUUGGGCUUAUUCAAAAGUGUACAAUAGGAAAGUAUAUUUCCUUUCUUAGAAAGGAGAUGUUUUUCUACUUUGAAACAUGUAAUUACAAAAAUCUUCCUCUGUGGGAAGAUUAACCAUGUACUGAACUACUGAGAAGUAUAUAUUUUUAGAUAUACAGAAGGAAUCUACAUGGAGCAGCAUUCAGACCUAUAUAGAAGUGAUAGCAUUCUGUAUAGGACCAUAAAGGAAGUAACAUUAAACACUUAAACAGACCUUGUUGGGUAGAAAUACCUUAGAUCUUGCAUUGACUUCCAAAAAGAAUAUGCCACAGAAGUUUGCUGAAACUUUUGUUGUUUGAAUUUUCUCUGUCAGUGUAUUUAACCCAAAUACAACAACUUUGGGUUAGCACAUAUGUAAGAAUCAAAAACUAAACUAAAUAGAUCAGUCUGGUUUGUCAAUCCACCUUGACUGAAAUAAGUACACUAAUCACUUGCAACAUGAAAAACUGUCCAACUCCUCUAAGGUUUUGACAAAAUAACCUUGGCUAAUGUGGGAAGACUCCCACUUUGAUUUCUGACCUGACAGUGAAGAUUCAUGCUUGACAUGAUUUCAAACCUGACAGUGUCUGUUUAAGGAGCCAUGGUACAGUUUGCUAAUUCAAUCCCAGAUACCUGUUGAUUACCUGUGAGAUCUAGAGUCCAAAGUAGCCAGCAGCCGUAUCCCUGAGUGCUCUGUGCCCAUCAGAUAAAGUGAGCAGGGUUGGGACAGGUCACAGCUCAGAUGAUUGACCUCAGGUGUUGUAGACAGCCCCAGUUUCAAGAAUUGUAUCUGCUUUCUUGGGAGUCAUCACUGAACUAAUGUCCCAUACUGUGUUAAUGUAGAUGCUCUCUCUUAGUGGAGGCCCAGAGCACACACGUGAAUUGCUUGUGGUACUCAGAGAGGGGGUGCUAACUCUGAUGCCCUGGCCAAGUUCCAGUUUAGGGAUGUGGGUCUUCUUGUCAUUCUAAUUGGAAAUGUGCAUCACUUCCCAUUUUUCCUAUUGAUCUCAAUGCAAACUACACUAGUCUGUUUCUUUGCCCCCGGUCCCAAGUCUCUAAGAUACUGGUGUGUAUUAUAUGGGCCAAGUUCAUGCUUUAUCUCAAUGCACAAGGGUUGAGGAAUGAGUGAGCUUGGUAUCAGGAUGCACUGUGAUGGGAGGAUGGACUCUUGUGAUGCCAAAGGGAUGAAAUUGGCCCUUUUUAAAGCAUAAUUUAGGGAAUGUGCACUGGCCGGAAGCUUCCAGCCAUGAGGUAUGAGCUGAAACCAAUUUUCCCUCUUUUCUUAUAGCAUGAUGAGGAAAUCAGUUGGGUUUUCAGCGGUCAGGGAAGGCCGGAGUUCUGCAGCUUUAAUCUGGGUAACUGAGGCUGGCUUGAGCAAGACUUUGGUUAAUUAACUGGGUUCUCAGAUGCCACAGACUCCGUGAGAAGUCACCAUUAUUUUCAAUGGUUGUGAUAGAAUAUCCCCCUAGUAGCCAUUAUUUUAAGAUUAUAUUGCAGAGUUGCUUUAUUUUGAGCUUUUUGUGUAUACACAAUCCCAAACUGGAAGAAAUUUUUAAAAGGAAUCCUGCUGUGAAAGGUAUAUAUUACUCUAGAUUUUUCUUACUGUAAAUAUUGUAAGAUUGUAAUACUGUCAAUAUUUUAUUAACCAACAAAUGUUAAUCUAUGUGAAUUCAGACUUAUUUUAAAUGUGCUUCUUAUUUACUGUGUGUGGUCCCUGUUGCUGACAGUAUUAAGUUAUAUUCUGAUGUAAGAUUAACUUUAUUAAAGAAUGUAAACAUUAAUGUUUCCUUAUGGGAAAACAAAUAAAGUAUAAAGAAGACAAUUCUUUUCAUUGAAAUAUACUGUGUAUUUACACUUGCUAGACCCAGCACCACUUAUAAAUUUAGUACACUGUUCAGAAUUUUAGUUCACACAGCUGACAUGAUUGUGCUCUAUUUGAAAGUCUAAGAGUAGGUAUUGUUGGAAUAUAAAGUUUGUAUUUGUCUGCUGUGAAUCAUCAUCUUGAAAUUUCUAAUCAAGUUUGUAAAAUUUUUAUAAUAAAACAUUUUAAUGACAAUUUAAAAAUUUAUCUUUAAAGAAUGGUCAAAACAAUAUCCUUUCAGAAAUAGAAUUGUUCUUUAAUAUCUUUCCAAAAUGACUUUGGUUAAAUGGACCAGAUGUACAUUAGUUAAAAUUUAGGAUGAAGUUGUUGAUAUUCUUUGAGUUUACAAGUUAAUCCUUAUUGGAAAUGUGCCAAUAUAUAGUAGAAUAUCAUUACUUUGCACUGUUUGGGGACCCCAUUCAAGAAUGUUGAAUUUUGCCAACUAAAAAGUAAGCAAAUGCAAUUUAAAAAGUAAAUUUGAGCAUUCUGUAUUGCAUAUGUGCAGAUAUUAUCAUAUGAAGAAGCGUGUGUUGGGCUGUAAUAUAACCAUAUUUGCUGUCAUGUUCUCCCAUCUCAGUGCUGGGAACUCACCAUGUGGAAACCAAGCAAAUGUGUUGUGCAUCAGCCGGCUUGAGUUUGUUCAAUAUCAAAGCUGAAACUAGCGAGGUCUGCUGUACUGCUUAUUGAAGUAUUGUGAUUCUUUUAGGCAUUGAUUCUUACAAAAUAUAUACUGUAACAGUAUACUUUGUACAGAUUGAAAUUUUAUUUGAAAAAAUGAAAUAAAGUAGGCAAAAAAUAAAGAUGUUUAUUUUUCAUGUGACUAUAUAAACAGA